AUGCUGCAGGAGUUCAGGGACCAUUUCAUUGCCAACCAGGAUGCCAUAACGGAGUUCGCAGCCACGCGUGGGAUCACCUUCUCGUUCAUCCCGCCCCGAGCGCCCCAUUUUGGCGGCCUAUGGGAGGCGGCCGUGAAAUCAGCAAAGGGAUUAAUGGUCAAGGCCGUGGGCAGCGCAGUGCUCCGACAGGACGAGUUGAACACCGUCUUGGUAGAAGUCGAAGCCAUUCUCAAUUCGAGGCCCAUCGUCGUGGACAGCUCCAACCCAAACGACGGCGAAGCAGUAACCCCAGCUCAUCUGCUGGUCGGAACAACGCUCGUUGCGCUGCCAUUCGUGUCAAGUCAGCCAGUAACAGACGACAAACUGAGCUACUUGAAGAGAUGGCAACUGAUAUCCGCCGUCAAGCAACGGUUUUGGGUAGACUGGCAAAAAGACUACGUCCUGAGCCUGCAACAACGACAGAAGUGGCUAAGCGAGAGCCACAAUAUACAAAUCGGAACCAUCGUCGUGGUCCACGAGGACAACAGUCCGCCUCAACAGUGGCUAAUGGGAGUCAUCGAGGAGGCCAUCAAAGGCGAGGAUGGAAAAGUUCGCGUGGCGGUCGUCAGAACUAAAUCUGGCGUUUUUAAGCGAUCAAUACGUCGAUUAGCUCCUUUGCCUGUGAAUGAAUUUUGA